GUUUCAUUGAGUAGAUCUCAACAUGGCAUCCGACGGACCACCGGGCACCGAAUCCCUCCCGUCCGAUUUAGGGAGUGCUAUUGCGGGAUUAAACACAUGGAGCCACCCGGAGCUGCAGGGGAAGCUGGCCGAGCUGGGAGCGCCCAACAUGGGUCCCAGAGAGGAGCUGAUGGACAGACUGAAGGGCUAUAUGUUACAGACUGGGAUCCUCCUCAGCAAACCUAAUGAUGACAAACAGAUGGGCCCUCAGAUACCAGGCAUGCCUCCGAUGCCCCCCAUGCCCAUGCCCCCCAUGCCUCCUGGUAUGGGAAUGAUGCAUUCGAUGAGCAUGAUCCCCGGCGGGCCCCCUCCUCCCAACAUGCACAUGGGCAUGGAGCCCCCGGGUUUGCCUCCUCCCGGCCUGUCGCAGGACGAUCAGCUGAAGAUGGUGCAGCAGAGAGCUGCCAUGGUGCUGCAGCAGGAGGAGAGAGCCAAGCAACAGGCUGCAGUGAUGAUGGAGCAGGAGCGUCACCAGGAGAUGGUGAAGAUGCAGGGGGCCAGAGGCAUGCCAAUUGUCAGCGCCAUUAGAGGGCCGCUGCCUCCUGGUGUCAGUAUGAUGCCGAUCCAGAAACAGAGAGUCCCACCUCCUCCUGGAGAAGACAGCAGAGAGAUGUGGCAGAGCGAGGAGGUGAGCGUCAGCGGGCCGAAGAUCCCGCAGGCUCUGGAGAAGAUCCUUCAGCUGAAGGAGAUCAGACAGGAGCAGCUGACCGACCCCGCAGGAGAAGAAGAAGACGACGAGGGAGCAGACAUGGACCUUAACAACUCGUCUGCAGCAGUCAUGUCCGAGACAGAAGAGGACGACAGCCAGAUAUCCAAGAAAGAUAAAAACCGCAGGCGCCGAAACCGCAAGAAGAAGAGCAAGCAGAAGCGAGCGCAGGAGAAAAAGGAGCAGGCGGAGAAGAAGGAGGAGAAGGAGGAGAAGAAGGAGGGAGCCGGCGACAAAGAGAAGGGGAAAGACAAGGACAAGGACAAGGAGAAGGAGUCAGAGGUGGAGAUCGAGUACAUCACAGAGGAGCCGGAGAUUUACGACCCCAACUUCAUCUUCUUCAAGAGGAUCUUUGAGGCCUUCAAGCUGACUGACGACGUGAAGAAAGAGAAGGAGAAGGAACCGGAGAAAACAGAGAAGCAGGAAACGGCUGUGCUGCGUAAAAAAGGGUUUGAGGAUGAGAGGAAAGACAGUGACGACAGCGACGAGGAUAUGCGACCAGAUGUUCCCAAACUCUCCAAGAAGAAGCUGAGGAGGAUGAACCGGCUCACUGUGGCUGAGCUCAAACAGCUGGUGGCUCGCCCAGAUGUCGUCGAGAUGCACGACGUGACGGCCCAGGAGCCCAAGCUGCUGGUCCACCUGAAGGCCACCAGGAACACGGUGCCGGUCCCCCGUCACUGGUGCUUUAAGAGGAAGUACCUGCAGGGCAAGAGAGGUAUAGAGAAGCCUCCGUUUGAGCUGCCCGAGUUCAUCAAGAAAACAGGGAUCCAGGAGAUGAGGGAGGCCCUGCAGGAGAAGGAAGACGCCAAAACCAUGAAAACCAAAAUGAGGGAGAAGGUUCGACCCAAGAUGGGGAAGAUUGACAUCGACUACCAGAAGCUCCACGACGCCUUCUUCAAAUGGCAGAUCAAACCCAAACUCACCAUCCACGGAGACCUUUACUACGAGGGUAAAGAGUUUGAAACUCGUCUGAAAGAGAAGAAGCCGGGGGAUCUGUCUGAUGAGCUGCGCAUCGCUCUGGGAAUGCCAGUCGGACCUAACGCACACAAAGUUCCUCCUCCCUGGUUGAUCGCCAUGCAGAGGUACGGCCCCCCUCCCUCCUACCCCAACCUCAAGAUCCCCGGACUCAACUCCCCCAUCCCAGAUAACUGCACGUUUGGUUACCACGCCGGAGGCUGGGGGAAGCCGCCUGUAGACGAGAUGGGUAAACCUCUGUACGGUGACGUGUUCGGGACCAACGCUGUUGACUUCCAGGCCAAAGCAGAGGAGGAGGAGGUGGAUCACACCCCGUGGGGAGAACUAGAGCCGUCGGACGAGGAGUCGUCGGAGGAAGAGGAAGAGGAGGAGAGCGACGAGGAGAAACCAGACGAAACUGGAUUCUUCACGCCAGCGGACAGCGGGCUGAUCACACCGGGGGGAUUCUCGUCGGUACCGGCCGGCAUGGAAACACCAGAGCUGAUCGAGCUGAGGAAGAAGAAGAUCGAGGAGGCCAUGGACGGAAACGAGACGCCUCAGCUGUACACAGUGCUCCCAGAGAGAAGAACUGGCCCAGUAGGCGCCGCCAUGAUGGCUUCAACACACAUCUACGACGUUUCAGGGGCCAUGGCAGCUCGUAAAGCGGGUGGAGGGCAGGAGUCGCAGGGCGUGGAGGUGGCCCUCGCCCCGGAGGAGCUGGAGUUGGACCCGAUGGCCAUGACGCAAAAGUACGAGGAGCACGUCAGAGAGCAGCAGGCCCAGGUGGAGAAGGAGGACUUCAGUGACAUGGUUGCUGAGCACGCUGCCAAACAGAAGCAAAAGAAGAGGAAGGCCCAGCCACAGGACACACGAGGCGGCGCCAAGAAAUACAAAGAGUUCAAGUUCUAGAUCCGAAACACUGAGACGAAGUUGUACGAGAGGAUGAGCCAGGAAAUGAAAAAAAGAAAGCUUAGUUUUUUACUCCAAAGGAUGUUGACUGCAAACCAAUCAUCUGUUAGACCAGCAACAGUGAACACGUCCUUUUUAAAAAGAUAUACAUGGAUGAUUCUUUUGUGAUGCAUCUUAUGUAAGUCACUUGGUGAUAUGUAUUUUCUCUGACUUGUUUUGUUUUUUCUUUUAUGUAAAUAAAUGAAGUGAUGACGACACUCA